AUGGCAGAAAAUAUUACUUUUAGAGGCAAAUCUACAGAUGAUCCGAACAAACAUAUCACCAAGUUCAUUCAGAUCUGCAACACAACAAAGUUGAAUGGAGUGACAGAUGAGCAGAUUCGACUAAGGUUGUUCCCUUUCUCUUUAGAGGAUUCAGCAAAGGACUUGUUGGAGAGUUUAGAGCCAGGAUCAAUCAGAACAUGGGAUGCUAUGGUGGAAAAGUUCUUGGAAAAAUUCUAUCCCCCGAGUGAGGCUAUUAAGAGGCAACAUGAGAUCCUUGCCUUUCAGAUGAACCCUGCAAAGAAUAUUAGAGAAGCAUGGGGGAGGUUCAAAGCCUUGAUGAAGCGGUGUCCUAACCAUGGGUUAACCCCGACAGUGCAAGUCAUUACAUUCUUCAAAGGGUACGUGCCUGAAGCACAACGGGAGUUGAAUUUGAGCUCAGGUGGAAAUAUUCUCAAGAAAGGAGUGAAUGAAGCUAUGGAAGUGAUAGAGGAGCUUGCAUCUAAUGACGAACGAUGGAGCAACGACAGGAGUAAGGUGCAUAGAGUGGCCUCUACUACAGAUCAUGGUCCUAUGAGCGCCCUAUCCGACAAGUUGGAUGCGUUGACCAUGAAAUUCGACUGCAUGGCAAUGGGGCAACCGUCUCGAGAACACCAAGGAAAAAUGGGGGACGUGAACUAUGUGAAUCAAGGGGACAACAACCAGUACUUCAAUAAUCACCGCCCCAACUUUCAGGGUGGAGGAUAUAAUCAGUUCGGGAACAAAGGGCAUCCCAAUCUCUCUUAUGGAAACCCAAAUAAUGCUCUGCAACCACCCCCGGGGUUCACAGUUACUGAUGGAGUGGUUAAUGAUCCGAAGAAGAUGACCACGGAAGACAUACUCAAGUCUUACAUGCUACAGUCCAACAAGCUCAUGGAGCAGAACAAUCAAAGGAUGGAGAAUGUUGAGACAGAUGUGCAAAGUAUGGCCAUUCAUCUGAAGAACAUCGACACACAGAUCAGCCAGAUUUCCCAGACUGUGACUCCCUCACUGCCUGCGACCAUAUCUGAUACCGUUCUUGAGCCCAAGGCUGUCGUGGCAGAGAAGGAAAAGGAGGCUGAAAAGGAGAAUACUGGCACCACUUCUGGAGUAAAAGUGUCAUUCCCGCAGGUACUGAAUCAGAAGAAGAAGAAGAAGAAGAAGAAGAAAGAUGAGCAGUUCACUCGAUUUCUGGACAUCUUCAGAAAGGUGCAUGUGAACAUUCCUUUGAUCGAGGCAUUGCAGCAGAUGCCUAAGUACGCUAAGUUUCUGAAAGAGAUGAUAGCCCAGAAGACCAGUUGGGGGCAGGUUGACACUAUUAAUCUAACUGAAAAUUGCAGUGCUCUGCUGCAAAGGAAACUGCCUGCCAAGCUGAAGGACCCUGGAAGUUUCACUGUCGACUGCCUCAUUGGGGGCUAUAAGGUGGAGAAUGCUCUCUGCGAUCUAGGCGCGAGCAUUAAUUUAAUGCAACUAUCAGUGUUCAAGCAACUGAACAUCGGUACUUUGAAGCCCACCUCAGCCACACUACAGAUGGCAGACAGAUCUGUCGCUUAUCCAGAGGGCAUCGUGGAAGACCUACUGAUUAAGGCCGGGGAAUUUAUUUUUCCCGUCGACUUUAUGGUCUUGGACAUGGAAGAAGACAAGGGAGUCCCCCUACUGCUAGGACGUCCCUUCCUUGCCACUGUUGAGGCAAAUAUAAACGUGAAAAAAGGAGAGUUGACAAUCUUCAUAGGAGAAGAAAGUCAGAAGUUUUCCCACAAACCGAGAAGCAUGGAUGGAAGAACUGAGGAGUGCAAAGUGGUGCGUCUGAAGCACCAAGUGAUUACUGAAGAAGGAGGAUCGAGUGCAGUCAGAAAAGUGAAGCAGAAGGACUUUUAUGAGCUUCACAUGGAGAUGAUGGCUUCCACUAACUCGGAGCCAAUAGCAUGGAUCGAUGCAGACCAUAGUUGCCCUUCACCGGUGCACUCGGUGAUCAUUACUGAACCCCCUAGGAUGGGGGGUAAAAUACCAAUUGCUGCCAAGGGAAGAAAGACAACUGCUCCAACACUGAAGGAGCCUAUCUCGAGAGAGCCUGAAAAGUGGUGGCUCACCAAGAUUUGGAACGAUCUAUUUCCUCAUGGAGGCAACUAUGGGAUGAAAGGGGAUCUCGGUUGA